GGCAAAGCAGCAUGUGGACCUACGCAUGCAGUGCUACACCCGGGCCAGGUCCCCAGUGUGCUGACGUCACACCCGCCUUGACAUUGGAGGAUGAGGCUUCCUAUAUUAACCGUGCGUACCCCGAGUUCUCCUCAUAAUCAACAAUCUCCUUGUUGGAGCAGCAGUUCAUGAACUGGAAAUUAAAUUAUAUUCUAUGUAAUUGGAGAGUUGAGACUGUCAAUCUUCACAAGACGCGGAAUCAAAUACAUAAUUUACUAGUUAUUAGGUCAUAAUGGAAGGAAACAACAAAAGAGUUAGAAAUACUUGGUCACGAGUGAUGGGCGUGAUGAAGAGCGUGACUGUGGAACCUCUUAUGCUGCUUGACGGUCUUGCUUUCUCUAACAUGCACGUAUACAUAGAGAACCUACAGAUGGAUCGAGUGUGUCAAGUGAGUAGCGGUUUUUCCCAACAAGUGUGCGACAAUCUGAAUUCAGAACCAGCAGCCAGUGUAGAGGUACAGCAAAGGUACAGUGUGUUUGCUCUCUAUAACAGUAUCAUUGCAGCUGCACUACCACUCUUCUUUAUUCUCUUCAUGGGCGCCUGGAGUGAUAAAUAUGGCAGGAAGGUGCCUCUGAUAGCAGUACAAGUGGGUCACGCACUCCACGCUGCCGGCUACUUGUUAGCUACUUUGGCACCUUCUUGGCCUGCUGAAGUGUUACUUAUCGUCACGUUACUGGAUACACUAGGUGGCGGUACUGUAUCAUUCUUGACGGCAGCCAACUCGUACAUUGGUGACGUGUCGUCAGAAGAGUCGCGUACAUCAAGAGUGGGAUUGGCCAACAGCAUUUGGUUCUUAGGAGGUCCAGUGGGCACACUGAUGGGUACCUACAUCUACAGCUGGGGCGGCUACCUGCCACUCUUCGCUACUUCCCUCACGCUCUCCUUAAUGGCCCUGGUGUACGUGGUGGUGUGCCUUCCUGAGAGCCAUGGACCUUUCGUCAAAAGUUCCCGUGCCGAAACCCCAGAUCACAAGCCACGACUGGAGCUGCGAGAGAGUGUAGCGGCAGUGUACGGACUAGAGGUAAAUGCUACACCCUCCAACACUCUCCAACACAACCGUCCAACUCUCUCCAUCAUGUUCAAGGACUUCUUUAACCCGCACCGUAUCCUUGACAGCUUCAAGUCAACUCUGAAGAAACGCGAGGGAAACACAAGAGCUCUUAUUUUCAUUCUCAUCUUCACCAGUCUCCUCAGAAGAGUUACUCGAUCUCCCUAUGUGUUCGCCUUCACUCGUCACGUACUAGGUUGGCAAGCUACUGACUACAGCCUCUGGGUCACCUACAAGAACCUCUUGGCCACCACUGGAUCGCUAGUGGCGGUGCCGUUGUUAAGUGGUCGUCUAGGUGUGUCAGACAACCUGCUGGCCGUGGUGGGCGCCAUGUCCGGCGUCAUCGAGUAUGUCAUCUACGGCUGCAUUUCUGACUCUCGACCAUAUUUUAUCUGGAUAGCUCCAGUUGCGGCUCUGCUGCUUAACUCCUGCACCAUCGCUCAGCGAGCCAUGAUGACCAAGUUUGUCUCCAAAGAUGAAAUAGGUAAAGUAUCUGCGGUGUUAGGUGCUCUUGACGGCAUGAUGCCCAUGGUAACUUCUGCCCUCUACACCGCCGUCUAUCACGCCUCCGUCAGCACCUUCCCUGUAGCACACUUCUUACUGGGUGCUUCUGCCAGCGUUCUCAUGAUCGUCUUUUUCUGUAUCAUCAUGUUCGCGGAUAAGUCAGGUCAAUAUGACGUGGAGAACGCUAAGCCUAGCAUCGUCGCUGGUCCUGUCGCAAACAAGGCGCUGGUGAUGAGAACCAACUCCUGCUGGCUGGCCACUGACGUGCUGGCACUGGCCCUGUCUACACCCACUUCCCCGGACGUCCCCAAGCAUCACAACAUCCACCUAGGGAUUGAGCUGCAGAAUCACCUGUCACACAAGCACCAGUCCGUUUUGAAAAACAUUUCGGAAAACAAAGCCGACACCAGUUCUAACGGACUGAUAAAUACUUUCAAGGACUCAUUAAAAACUGUUGUUAGGCCACUAGGAGAUUCAGCAGCUUCCUCGGCCGCAACACACAAACAAAUCACAAGAGUAAAUACAGGAAACUUCUUCGUCAACAUUAACAAUAUCGCUAACCAUGUUCUUUUCCCAAAAAUUAGUCAGGAGUCAGAAAAGAUAGUGAAUAAUUAUCCAGACAGUGACGAUACAGUCGAGGUUAAAUCUAACGUAUGAAAAAUUGUAUUUUUUUUAAGAGUGCAUUGAUUUUUACAGGUUAACAGGUAAAGAGCUGUUAAGAGCUAGGUACCUUCCCUAUCUACCCAGCAUGCGACCCACAACAGUCGACUAUCACCCAGAUAUAUAUUUGCUGCAAUGUAAAGGAGAAUUGAGUCGGAACUUUAUGGUUGUGAGUCAAACGUUCAGCUAAGUUGGAAAAAACAAGAGAAUUGAGUGGGUGGGAAAAACGCUUAUCUGUACCUCAGGGUAUUUAUUAGGGAGACGUUUCGCUGUGCCUGUUCUGAAGCCCUUUUGGGCGUUACAUUUCUUUUAUACAAUGAUGUAAACUACGCAAGUGUCUUUCCACACCUGGUCUGUAUCACCAUGACAUUUAUUUCCAAGGAAAUUGUUGUGCUAGCAUACAUAGAUCAUCUCAUUAUGAAGCGGCAACUUUUCAUGAUGACAUUAACAUUAAUGUUUAAUACACUGACCAUGACACUUGGGCAAAAUAUUACACCAGUAAACUUCGACUACUAAGUUACCAUUCAUGAAGUGUUUAUGCUAACUUGCUUUUUAUAUAAAGACAUAUUUCCGUGAGCUCUAACUCGUCUCGUGAGUUGUGUAGAGAUUCAGGAACCUGUGAGGAAUGUAUA